AGAGAGAGAGAGAGAGAGAGCCCGUUUUACGGUUUUACCCCGGUGCAGAAGGUGGCGGUAGUGCAGCUGGCUUCCAACCGUAACAACAAGAGGAAGCGCCAGUGCCCCUGUCGUGCCCAUUUCAAUGGAAACUGAAAGCGUCCCGGGCUGUUGACAAGGCAACGGAUUCACUGAUCCCAGCCAGGAGCAGAGCCAGCCUGCUGUCUGUGAGGAACAGCAGGUGUCUGGAGAAGAACUGGUUCACCUGUGCAGAAAAGGAUAAGAGAAAAAAAAGGAGGUGGACACAAAGAAGACUGCAGAUGGCUGGCUUUCUUGAUAACUUCCGCUGGCCAGAGUGGGAAUGCAUUGACUGGGGGGAGAGGAGGAACGCGGUGGCUUCUACUGCUGCUGGAGUUUUGUUCUUCACAGGCUGGUGGAUUAUGAUUGAUGCAGCAGUGACGUAUCCAACCCAGGACAAAAUGAACCACGCAUUCCACACAUGCGGCGUCUUCUCCACUAUAGCAUUCUUCAUGAUCAAUGCUGUUUCUAAUGGCCAGGUGAGAGGAGACACAUAUGGAGAGGGCUGCCUUGGCAGGACAGGAGCUCGUCUCUGGCUGUUCAUCGGCUUCAUGAUGAUGUUUGGCUCACUCAUUGCCUCCAUCUGGAUCCUGUUCGGUGGCUACGUCGUACCAAAGAAAGAAGUAGUGGCACCGGGGCUGGCUGUGUUCUUUCAGAAUGCUUUCAUCUUUUUUAGCACUCUGAUCUACAAAUUUGGCCGGACUGAAGAUUUAUGGGGUUAGAGUGUCUGCCCCCCCCCCCCCACACACACACACACACACAGUCUUUCAACAUGUUUUGUAAUCUGUUGUUUUAAUUACAAAGCUGUAGAACCUCCAUCCCAAACACAUACAUAGAUUCACAGAAUGUUUUAUAACCUGAAUUUGCUUUUUAAAUAGAAACCCAAACUCACUGCUGCUCCACACACACGGAUGGUGUUAACUGGCAUAUAGUGCUAUGGCUAUUUUUACUAGUUUUUCUGUGCUGUUCUUGAGAAAAUAAUUGUGAAAAUGUAUUUUAAAUAAGGGAAUUCUUUUUGUUAUUGAGAACUGAUGAGCCAGGUCAAUUUAUUCUAUUGUAUCUCAGAUGCUUCUUACGCGUUAAUACAUGUCAUCAUUUGUUUAAUUUGUUGAGGGUUACAGUGUAAUGUCAUUGUAGUGAAUCAGAAAGGGAAAGGUUUCUGGGAAUGAGCUAAUUUAUUGAUGGAAAAACAUUUUGAAGUGGAUGUGAGAGUAAACACAGGGAGAACACAGCCCUGCCUGCUGUCUGUGCUUAAACUGCUCCUGUAUGCUGGUAUGACAAUACAUGCUCUGGAUUAUAAGGUAUUUUAGAGAAGAGAAGAGUAUUUCUUACAUGUAGGGUCAGUUUCCUGUUGACAGAUUUGUCUCGGUCAUUCUGCCUCAAGAUGGCGUAUGUUUUUUAAAUAGCUGUUUUGUCCUCUUGUACGUGGUCCAUGUUUAGCUCUUAUUUUUACCAGAAAACGUGAAAUGUAACUAUUCAGAGACUUGACUGAAGUAUUUCAGUAUAGAACAAAUAUUGUGAUGCUGUGAAUCAGACUGCUGUAGUAACAGUAUUAAAGGACUUGUUAUCACA